AUGGCCUCAUCAUCAUCCAACGUUGUUGGCGUUCACUACCGCGUGGGAAAGAAGAUCGGAGAGGGUUCUUUUGGUGUAAUUUUUGAAGGCACCAAUUUACUGAACAACCAACAAGUUGCUAUCAAAUUUGAACCUCGCAAGAGCGAUGCUCCUCAGUUGCGAGAUGAGUACCGAACCUACAAGAUCCUUGUUGGCUGCCCCGGCAUUCCCAAUGUUUAUUACUUUGGCCAGGAAGGUCUUCACAACAUUCUAGUGAUCGACUUGCUCGGCCCUUCGCUUGAGGAUCUCUUCGACCACUGCGGCAGACGAUUCUCAAUCAAGACAGUUGUUAUGGUUGCUAAGCAGAUGCUUUCAAGGGUUCAGACCAUCCACGAGAAGAAUCUGAUUUACCGCGACAUCAAGCCCGACAACUUCCUCAUUGGACGCCCCGGCACCAAGGCCUCCAGCGUCAUUCAUGUUGUCGAUUUUGGCAUGGCCAAGCAGUACCGUGACCCGAAGACGAAGCAGCAUAUUCCGUACCGCGAGCGAAAGUCACUGUCUGGAACCGCCCGAUACAUGAGUAUCAACACUCAUUUGGGACGCGAGCAGUCCCGUCGAGACGAUCUCGAAGCCCUCGGCCACGUUUUCCUGUACUUCCUUCGUGGCGGCCUCCCCUGGCAGGGUCUGAAGGCUGCUACCAACAAGCAGAAGUACGAGAAGAUCGGUGAGAAGAAGCAGACCACUGCUAUCAAGGAUCUCUGCGAGGGCUUCCCCGAAGAAUUCUCCAAAUAUCUAACAUAUGUCCGCAACUUGGGUUUCGAGGACACUCCUGAUUAUGACUACCUCCGAGAGCUCUUCACACAGGCUCUUAAGAACACGGGAGAGGUUGAGGAUGGCGAGUACGACUGGAUGAAGAUCUCUAAGGAUUCGGGAAAGGGAUGGGACUCGAAGAACCACAGCGGCGCGUACCUCCACAACCCGAAUGCUCGACCUGGUCCCUCCCAGAUGGAGCUGCACAGUGGGCACCGCCCCGGGAAUACCACCUCUCACCAACAAGCACAAAACCUUACUGUCGGCCGUUUAAACGCCGCGCAACCCCCUCCUCCGUCUCCGAUCAAGCAGAUGGGCAAGCAGAGAGAUCGGCCAAGCGCCCCCGGCGCCUUAUCAGCGCAGAGGGGGAGCGGGGUUGGGGGUCUUCGGGACAUGGGAACGCCCACUGGCUCGACCCAAGCUCAGUUCCAGAACAGCGCCCAGAACCUGCCCCAGCAGCCGAGGACGUCCCAGCAAGGCCCAGCGACUCAGCCCACCCAGGCUAGCGGUCAGCAGUCAAACCCUCAGCCCAGCGGCUUCCAGAAGCUCAUGAAGACCCUGUGCUGUGGUUAA